AUGUCCCCUCCGAUGGCUGCCGGGCGCGAGAAGGAGUCGAACCUUGCGAGGUUGUUGGGCUCUGGUUCUGCCGGUAUUGCCGAGCUGGCCAUCUUCCAUCCCGUCGAUACCAUUGCGAAGCGGCUCAUGAGCAAUGAGGGGAAGGUUGGCAGCCUGGCGAACCUCAACUCGGUCAUCUUCAAGGACAAGGCAGGCGCGUCAUUCGGGAGGAAGUUCGUCUCACUAUUCCCUGGUCUCGGGUACGCCGCCGGCUACAAGGUGCUGCAGCGCGUGUACAAGUACGGUGGCCAGCCGGUGGCCCGCGACUAUCUUACCGUCCACUACGGCAAGGACUUUGAGGGUGCGUUCGGCAAGAAGACCGGCAAGGCGAUCAUGCACUCAACUGCGGGAAGUCUUAUCGGUAUCGGUGAGAUCGUCCUUUUGCCGCUCGACGUGCUCAAGAUCAAGCGCCAAACCAACCCCGAGGCCUUCCGUGGCCGUGGUGUCCUAGCUAUUGUCAGGGAUGAGGGGUUCGGUCUGUACAGGGGGUGGGGCUGGACGGCGGCGAGAAACGCCCCUGGGUCGUUCGCGCUCUUCGGUGGUUCGGCCUUCGCCAAGGAGUUUCUCUUCAAGCUUCAGGACUACAACAAGGCGACAUGGUUCCAGAACUUCAUCGCCUCUAUUGCGGGCGCGUCGGCCUCGCUGGUCGUAUCGGCCCCUCUCGACGUCAUCAAGACGCGUAUCCAGAACCGCAACUUUGAGAACCCCGAGAGCGGCUUCCGUAUCCUGAGCAACAUGGCCAGGAAGGAGGGCCCGUCGGCCUUCUUCAAGGGCCUGGUUCCCAAGCUCCUCAUGACCGGUCCCAAGCUUGUCUUCUCUUUCUGGCUGGCGCAGACACUGAUCCCUGCGUUCGACACGGCCUUCAAGAAGUGA